GAAAGUGUGCAUUGUGCAUGUACUGCAAACAAAACUGCAUUUUAUUUACAUUUUUGCUCUGUAUUUUUAACGUCAGGUUAAAAAAGCCUCAGUUAAAAUUAACUUAUUUUAAUAGUGCCUUAAUUAUUCUUAACUAGACAUUUAUCAAAUUAUUCAUUUUGUAUGCGAGAAUUUCAGAACAAAUGGCAAACUAGGUAACCCUUCGUUAAAUUACAAUCUUGUUUCCAUAGAAACGAAAUGAAAAGAAGAUCAAGUUGGAUCGAAACUGACGCCAACAACCAAGAGAGCUUUGAGGAGAAACUAAAGGCUAAUUUAUCAAAACUUUAUAGAAAGAGUGAAAUGUACAAAAACACAGUAUGGUACAGGUCCUUGUUAGACGCAGAGAAGUCCUGCUUGAAGGAGGAUAAGAUAAAAAAGAUACAUUACAAGUUUGAUGAUGACAAGGAAAUGGUUGAAGAGUACAAUGUAGAUACUCAGGUUUUACUGCGCAGAGCUUGGAAACUGAAGGGGAAAUUAGGGGGGGAUGGCAAGUGGGUGGUUGAGAUUGGGGACCCCAUUCCUGAACCUACUCAAAGCAUAGAAAUGGUAGAUAUAGUUGAAAGCAAAGAUCAGCCAAUAGUCUCAAGAAGAAACACAAGGGUGAAUUUGGAAUGGAGAAUAAGAAACUUGCCAUACCCUAUUGAAACUUAUUCUAUAAGCGCUAACAAUGAUGAAAGAUGCAUAAUAGUACGCACAACUAACAAGAAGUACUUCAAAAAACUACAGGUUCCAGAACUCGACAGACUUGGCUUGAAAUUGGAACAAGCGAAUAUCCAAUCCAGCCACCAGUUCCAUACUCUGAUUAUAAUGUACAAGAAGCCACAACCAUUGCUUGAAAUGGAGAAGGAAUGGUAUGAAGAAUUGAAGAAAGUGAAACCUAUCAAAGAUGUUCCUAGUGAUUGUAAAACACAGUGAAUAUAAAGUUCAAUAAAGUAUAAACUUGUUUUAUAAA